GCCUUCACUUGGUCCGCCUUCGCCGUGGAUCUACUAUAACUUAGUGGUCUAAGUUACGUUGUAUAGCUUCUCUAGUCCUCCACGACCAUUGCCUCACCUACUUCUAGUUCUACUUCAGAACAUACCAAGUAAAAACAGAAGGAUUGCAUUGGUCCUAAAUCACGCAAACAAUUAUUGAUACGCCACAAUGGCGAACUCCCUGAAGACUUUCACGAAGGCGGAGCUCUUCGAAAUACUGGACGCGAAGUGCCCAGAUGCGCUGAACAGUUUCCCUCCGCCGGAGGCCUUCGAGUUCGUCACGAAGACACGGGAUGGAAAAGAUGCCGUCGCGUUGAAGAUCGGACACCACGUAACCCAGAGCAACCGCAUUGUGAGGAAUGAGUUAUACUUGGAGGAAUACGAUACGGCUUCCCAGGCGACUGGGGGAGCGGCUCCACCACCCCGCCUCGGUGAAGUUCGGCUCUUCAAUGAUCAAGGCCCGUUCACCUAUACCUGUUUAUAUGGCAAGGCGAUUAAGAAUGAGGAGAGAUUACAGAAACUCUACCAGCAUCUAUUCUACACCACAAUUGAUGAUGCGAAGAUGAACAUGAAGAUCAAGAACGCAAAAGGGUUUCUGGGAACUGAGGUGUUCGGCAAGCUGAACGCAACCGGAAUCUUGAGGCCAUGGAGCGAUACUAUCAGAGCACUGUACCGCUUCGUGCUUGUCCACUGCAAUCACAAGGAAAACUUCGAGGAGUUCGAGAACGCAAAUGGCAAUAGACAAGGAGUGAAUGCGCUGGUCCGUGGACUGAAGAAGAUCGCUGAGCGGACGUCUAUCGCAGAUGGAUCCGAGGACGUGGCUCUUCAUGAGGAGGACUAUGAUGAGGAUUCUUGUUGGUUUAGAUUCCUAACACGUAAUUUAUUAUAUGCCUGACAAGCUAGUCCCUAUAUAGACUAGCUUACUCUAGUUUUACUUUUUUUUAUAUAUAAAUAUAGCUUCCCCUU